CGGAAGCAUUCCGAAGAAUGAAUUAAACAAGAUUGCCGGCCGUGGACAAGACAUGGAUCCACCCAUCAGGGGUCCAAAUGGGCAGUUACUUGAUGUUUUCAAACACGGCGAAAUGAAGUUUGGAGGCAAUAUGGUAGAACCCCGCAAGCCCGACUUCGGUCUCGGCUUUGAUCCUGACCUCCUCGUCGGGCCUCUGUACGUACCUGCGAAAACACAGACUGAACGAAUCAAGGAGCAGCUAGGGGACAUCACGAAGAACCUCGCCAAGACUCUGUACACGUUUGACGAGUUUGCAGAUGAGGAGGAGCCAGUGGAUCCCGUUGUUGAGCUGAUGAAGCGACAGAUGAACAACACGAGGGAUACUGAGGUGAGGUCCACCCUGGCCACUGUGAUGGGUGAAUACACGAACAUGAGCGACCAGGUGUCCGCUGCUCACAAAGACAGAGAUGAGAUGCUGCUCCAACUUGCGGACUGGUUUACGACGGAUCACGUGGAUUUGGACGACAUUAAAAUGUCUUUCGAUGAGUCGGAACAGGAUUCCAUGAAGAACAGUUAUUUCGAUACGGUGACGAACUUUGAGAAGUUGAAAAGCCUUCAAAACAAGAUCAUGAGAAAUACGAAGGAAGGAAAAUCUACAAAGUCGCUCCAGGCUGUGAAGCAUGAACUGGAGAAAGAUGUCAUCGACAAGUUCAAGAGCAUGAAAGACAUGAGUAUGCAGACGCUAAAACUGAACGAUUCUGAGACAGCCCCCUGGAUGCAUGCAGCCCAGGAGAUUGUGAACAUGCUCCAGUCGGUGCGGGGAGAAAACACUGAGCAGAUGGGCGCUAUUUCAAAGAAAAUGCAAGAAAUGGUGCAAAAUCUAGAAAGGCAAGCUAUCACUAUCAAGAGCCUGACAGCAGAGUUACGGGAGAAGAAGGAGAUAGUGUUGAAGUUGACAGCAGAGAACAGCGAUCUGUCCCAGGAUGUCACGAUCCUUCGUGCUCGCUACAACAAAUAUGAGAAAGAUCUUCGAGCUGCACAGCAGAUGAUACGGCAGCUCCAUGCCCAGGUGGAAGAGAAAAAGGGACAGAUUCCUGAGGGCCAGGGGAAGUCACUCUCAGAGUCCAUGUCAAAAAUGCUUGCUCAGUUUGAACCGCAGCCUCAACUACAGACGAGUACAAGUGACCCGUCUUUCCUACGUACAAAACUGAAGGAGUGCGAGGAGACCUUGGAAUCUCUGAGAGAGGAAUUUUCAAGAUCUUCUGAGGAGAAAGCAGAAAUGAGACAAGAGCUGGAGGAAAAGCGAGAGUACAUGAACUCGAUUGAAGAAGAAAAUGAGAAGUUGUCAAAGGAUAUACGCCGUCUACGUCAGGAGAUAAGGAAGUCUGUGGAGGUGCCAAUGGCAGCUCAAGCUCCUGUGAUACCAACAACAAAUGAACACACAAGUGAACACUGCAAAUGUCACGUGGAGGACAAUGAGUUGGAGGAGGAAGUAGCAAAUUGGAAGAAGGAUGCUGGGAAGUGGCAGGCCAAGUGUGAAUACUUCAAGAAGUGUCUGGCAGACACAGAGAUGAAACUGAGUGACGCCUUCCGGGAGAUCUCAGACCUCCGUAUGGAGCGGGAACUUCCCCUUCCACCACCAGCUGCCAAGGUUGAACAGCCUAAAGCGAUGCCCAGUGCCAAGCCCAGUACCAAGCCCAGUGCCAAGCCAACUGUUGAAAAUGUUGAAAAGGAGCGCCCACUGUCUGCGCCCAAACCCAAGGAGCCUCACGCACCCAAAAUGCCCAGGAAGGAGGUCAGAGCAAGAUACAUGCAGAAGUCCAACAAGGUGGAAAAGCUGCCAGAUUUCCAGACCCCAACGCCUGUUAUUCCGGAUGAAAUUAAACAGGACCUGACUCCUGGGAUGUCCAGAGAGUUAAUGCUGUUUCAGGCAGGCGAUAUGCAAGGAAAGUUGAACAUGUUGAGCUCAGAUAUUAUGGAGUUUGUGUCAGAGAUUGGCCAGAUGUUGUAUGAGGAAAAAAAUGAAGACAAGGGCAGCAAAGUCCAGUCCAUGAAGGCAUUUGCGUUUGAUAAGCAGCCUCCUACGGGAAAUUCCCGUCGCCCGGUUGAAGCCCGUGACAAUAAGGAUGACGAACAGAAACAGAAGCGGGACCAGGUUCUUUUUAGUGGGCAGCAUGCUGUUGCCAAACUGCGGGAGGCCUAUGAGUUGCUGUCAAGGUCACUUAAUCUCCAGCAUGAUGAGUACGAGGCUAUGUACCGCUCUUACAAGAUGAACAACCAACGUCACAUGAUUCGUAAGGCAGUGAUGAUGGGACGGUUGCCGAUCUCUGCGCUGCAAGAGUAUGAUAAGCAACAGAGACAGAAGAUCCAGGAAACUUACGGCGCCGACCAUUUCUUGACAUCCUAUUUCAACAUCAGCUAUGGCGGUAAAAGAGGCAACAAGGAAGAUGAGAGACUUAGGCUGUGUGAUUGAAGCUUAAAACCCAGUACGCGCAGAGAAUGAAUUCUGAGCCUUUGUGAAAAGGAUCUAUUAAUCAGUUAUACAAAACAUGCCGCGAAAAUGAAUAAAAAUCAAAUGAACAGGGGAAAGUCUAAACAAGAUGGGUUGACUUCUAUGGCAGUGCCAGUGAGUGAAAUUAUUUAAAGAAUAAGAGGAUUCAUUAAAAUGAUGUCAACUAGUGAAUUUGAGAAAACAUCUGUACUAAAGUGUGUGUUACAGUACAUGUUUGGUUAAGUUAUUGUUUUGAUGCAAGUGCUGAUUUUUUUGGAAAAUUACAA